UAAAAGGACUUUGGACAUCCUAAUUGAGAGUCAAGUGGACCCAGGAUGAAGAUAUCAGGAAGAGUCACUUGGUGCUGUGUAGCUCUGCUCCUCGCCCUGACCUCUGUGUCAGCUGUACAGAAGACGCUCAGAUCAAUCAAUGAUUUGAAGAAAAUCAACUUUGGCCAAUCUGUGCCCAUGCACAGUCUUCUGCUGCUCCACUGGUUUGCCAACGAGAUCGACAUCGACAACAACAAUAUAAUAGAGCUGACCUUUGACCCAAACAGGGAAGAUUAUGGCUCACACCAUUAUGGCAACUAUGAGGGGGUGCUGGACCCUCUGCCUUGGGUAAAUCAACACAGGUACUACACUAUUGGAAAUCUCAAUGAGGAAACGUCAACCCAACUUCCUCCUUAUGUAGUCGAUCCCAUGAUUGAGGAUAUGAGAAGAAACAUGGACAGGAUCGUAUUUCGGGUCAGGGAGCAAAACAUACAUGGGCAAGCUUACCAGACGAUAGACCAAGUGUAUAUCACACAGCAUUAUGACACUUCUGAAAAUCAGGGGACACUUUAUGAUCCAGCUCAUACCUACAGGAUCACCACGAACCUCCUGAGACAGAUCAGAGAGUUUUCUGUGGGAGAAGACCAACAGCCACUGUCGUAUCUCAGAAACCGCUUUGGAAGCAGCGCUGAUGAUUUCGACAUCGAAAGCACAUGGGGUGAACUUGCUUGCCUUGGACUGCUGCUGUAUAUUGUGAUCCAGGAAAAGCAGUCCUCUAAGCAACAAAACAACCGCCCUGGAAACGGAAGAAAUCCUGGUAAUAAGAGAGAGCACAAUGUUCCUAGAAAUGUCCAAAACCAGGAUUACGUUGCACUGAAUAUGGGAGAUGAUGAGGACCGUGUAGCCAGCAGGCGACCGGUAAACACAGAAUCAGACUGUUGCAACACGUUUACAUCCUGUAUAAUGUAUUGUUUUUUGGCCUGCGUAAUUGUAAUUGUAAUUGUAAUUGUAUUGGGUAUAAUUAUUUAUUAUCUUAAUAAAUAAGAUCCAAAAAUGUAUCUUGUAGGCUCCUGGGAAGAAAACCAAAACCCACUUGUGUAUCUAAGAGACUGCUCUGAAAGCAACACUGAUGAUUUCCACCUCACAAACACUGUUUUUAAAAAAAGAACUACAAACCAGAAAACAGACUAAUUGAUUGGGGCUCUGCAUUCUUUUUGUAUUUAUUUGUCUAUUUCUGCAUUUGGAGUGCAUUUAGAAACACAAACAACAUUAAAACAGGGAGUGUAAAGAUAUUGUUUAACACCUGAACAUCCUGCAAGGGUUGUUCUGAUGUAUGUCUUGUUUCGUCUCCAUACUUUUGAUUUCCUUGUUUGUUGUAGCACAAGUGAGAUACAUUAGAAGUUGCAUUGUGAAUUAUCUGGUUUGUUCUCUUUGAAAGCAUAUAUAACAAGAGCUGCUAUUGCCAGUAUGUUUCUGUCUUUACCUCCCAGAGAGUCAAAUAAAGAAUUUUCGCCAGGCAUGUCAACAAACGCAGCCAAUUCCUUAUCUUUCAAAUUAAAGGGCUUUUGUCAAUGGGCGACACGAUCAAUCACUAUUAUGUUUCCUCAUUCGGCAAAAAACAGUGACUUAACAGUGUGAUGG